AUGCAGCCAAACCAGGUGGAAAUUGAUGCAGCUUUGGCAGCGUCUCUGCUGUAUUAUGAUCCUGAAUCGACAAUUUACGACGAAGUUACUGCAAGGCAAAUUCAGCAACGAGAAGAAGAAGCAUCUUUAGUUUCUGAUGAAAAGCUGGCAAGAGAAUGGCAAGAUAUGGAAGGCUAUCCUCAAAUUUCUCUAAGCGAUGACGAAAAAUAUGCUAAAAGGUUGCAAGAAGAAGAAUUGAAUCGUUCGAUCUCCCUUCACUGUGGAAGUUCAUCACAUCAACAAAGUCAUGUUGGGGGUUCCAUAGAUACUUCAUCUUACAGUUUUCAGUCUCCUCCUCCUAGUGGUGAUAUUGAUCCUGACAAUAUGACUUAUGAGGAACUAAAUGAAUUAGGACAAUCAAUUGGGACGGUCAACAAAGGAUUGUCCAAGAGUAGAAUCGAUCAAAUACCAACUCAUAAGUUUGGCGCGACUUCGUGGUUUAGAAAGAAAGUUUCAAGCUCCGUAGAAACUGAAUGUUCGAUAUGUCUUAUUGUAUUCAAGAAAGGAGAUACGAUAUCGACUUUGCCAUGUGCUCAUAUCUAUCAUAAGGAAUGCAUUUCACAUUGGUUAGAGGAAAACAAGAAUUGCUGCGUUUGCAAAGCUGAAGUUGGACUUAUGAUUUAG